CCUAAAAAGGCUGCCAUGACCGAAAGAGGAGGAGGACGAAUAAGAAGACGAUGAUCCCUUGAGAAGAAGGGAUGCUUCUUGUGCUGCUGCUGCUUUGGUUUUUUUUUUCCUCUCUCGCUCUUUUUUCUUCUUCUCUUUGUCCGCUGGCAGCAGCAGCAGCAGCAGCAGCAGCUUUGGAAUGAAUCCCCUUUCUUUUUCCUCUCUCCUUUGAGCAUGAUCUCGUGCAUGCUUUACUCAUUCACUCGCAGUUCUGGGCUAGAAAAUGUGACCCUUUUGAGUGAUUUGAUUGAUUGAUUGACACAGAAACGAAGAAUAGGGGUUUUGGAAAACAGGAGUUCUUGUAGACUUCUUCUUCCUCCAUUUUUUUUUUCUCUCUUCCUUUUUGUGUUCUUCGCUCUCCACACACGGCUUAUAUGGAAGAUCAUGUCGCUCUAGACAUCGAGAGGCUCGGCGCUUGCUUGGGCGACUCCCAUUUCCAGAAGAAUGGAACCAGCUCGUCGCUGCUGAUGCAAAACCAGUUUUUUCAUCUUCAGCAGCAUCACCACCAUCACCAGGAUCACUCCGCAAAGCCACCAUCGCCACCAUCGCUAAAAUCCCAGCAGGACGAGUGUCGAAUCUGCCAAGAGGAGGACGAGGCUGGGAAUCUCGAAAUCCCGUGCUCUUGUUGCGGCAGCUUGAAGUAUGCUCAUCGAAAGUGCGUGCAGCGCUGGUGCAACGAAAAAGGGGACACCAUCUGCGAGAUUUGUCAGCAGCCUUUUAAAGGCUACACAGCGCCAGUCCGGUCUCCUGCCGCUCCUGUUGCUCUCCCCGAUGACCACUCGAGGAACGUCGAGUGGAGAAGCCACCACCAGCUUGAUCCUCGAAUCAUGGCAAUGGCUGCCGAGCGUCACUUCAUCCAGGAGAUCGAUGACUACGCGGCUGCCAAUGCUUCUGGAGCUGCGUGUUGCCGUUCUGCUGCACUCAUCUUGAUGGCACUGCUGCUACUUCGUCAUACGCUGGCUCUUGGUGCCGCCGGGAGCGACGACGACGCCUCCACUUUCUUUACGCUUUUCUUCCUCAGGGCCGCAGGAUUUCUUCUGCCUUGUUACAUUAUGGCUCGAGCGAUGAACAUCUUGCAGCGACGGCGGCAGCGACAGGAAUGGAGCACUACCUCGGCUGCGAGAAGUCUCCAAAUCCUCGAUCCGUCGCCAUCUCAGUCCCAGCGCAUUCCAUUUCUCAACUUGCUUGCGUCUGCACGGGGAUGAAGAGUUUUUUGGCGAAUACGUGAAGAAGAAACAAAUAAAAGAGACGAAACUGGUUGUCAUCAACGCAAAGCAAACAAAUUGUAAAUUCCCAAUUGCAAACCUUCCCACAAGUAAGCUUGAAAUGGUUUUGCCAACGCAUUCAAUUAACAAGCACUCGAAAGCAAUAGAAGCUUUUUCUAGACGUC